CAACUAUAACGCCUCACACAAGCUUGUUGAAUAAUUAAUUGCCCUUGUUCAAGUCCCAGUGGAUCUUCGACUCCUCCCCUCUCAGUACUGAAUCCACUUGACCUGCACGCUCCAAAAGCUCGCUGCAUCGUUUCGGCCCAGCCUGCCUCAAUUUCUCCCCAAGCUGCCACCACUCUAUUCAACUUUCUUCUCUUCUCUGGUGCGUUCUCUCCUUUGGGUUCUUCCUGUCUACACAGCUGCAGAACAGGUCUUGCAGUGUAGAUUCUCCGAGCUUUUUUCCUCCUAAAGACUGUUCCCUACACCCAGAGGCCUUCCGCUCAGACCUUCGCCAUUUGCGGGGAAAGCUAUCCAUCGCCGAGUCCACCACAGUACGAGGAAUAUCCUAAAGUCUACGAAGCUCUCUCUCUCUCUCUCUUUCUGGCCAAAUUCCGAGCACUUUACAGCCGUCAAAAUGAACGGCGACUCGGCAAAGAGAGACAUCAAGAACCAUCUGCUGUUCGAGAUUGCAACAGAGGUCGCGAAUCGAGUGGGUGGUAUUUAUUCCGUGCUCAAGUCAAAGGCUCCAGUCACAACCGCCGAGUAUGGGGAGAGGUAUACACUGAUAGGACCAUGGAACAAGAGCUCGGCUGCGGUGGAAGUGGAAGACCUCGAACCUCCUGCCGGUCCUCUGCGAGAGACGAUAGCAUCUAUGCAAGAACGAGGGAUCGAGCUGAUGUAUGGAAGAUGGCUGAUCGAAGGCGCUCCGCGAGUCCUUCUCAUAAACACGGGGACGGGUUAUCGCUGGUUGGAUGAGUGGAAAGGCGAUCUUUGGUCCAUAGCCGGCAUCCCCUCUCCAGCUGGAGACAACGAGACUAAUGAGGCUAUCGUGUUUGGCUAUCUUGUGGCUUGGUUCCUGGGCGAAUUCCUCUCGCGCGAAAGGGAUCGCGCAGUCAUCGCCCAUUUCCACGAAUGGCUUGCUGGAGUUGCUCUCCCUUUGACCAAGAAACGGCAAAUGGAUCUCACCACCAUUUUCACCACACAUGCUACCCUUCUCGGCCGGUAUCUCUGUGCUGGCUCAGUCGAUUUCUACAACAACCUGCAAUGGUUUGACGUCGAUGCAGAAGCUGGUAAGCGUGGCAUCUACCACCGGUACUGCAUCGAAAGAGGCGCAGCUCAUUCUGCCGAUGUCUUCACCACCGUCUCCCACAUUACAGCUUUCGAGAGCGAGCAUUUGCUGAAGCGGAAGCCGGAUGGAGUUCUCCCCAACGGCUUGAAUGUCAAGAAAUUCUCUGCGGUUCACGAAUUCCAAAAUCUUCAUUCCAUACAGAAGGAAAAGAUCCAUGAGUUCGUGCGCGGCCACUUCUAUGGUCACCUUGACUUUGACCUGGAGAAUACGCUGUAUUUCUUCACCGCCGGAAGAUAUGAAUAUCGAAACAAAGGAGUUGACAUGUUCAUCGAGUCUUUGGCACGCCUGAACCACAGACUAAAGGUCACCGGCUCCAAACUCACGGUGGUUGCCUUCCUCAUCAUGCCCGCGCAGACAACAUCCCUGUCUGUAGAUUCUCUCAAGGGUCAGGCCGUCACAAAGGCGUUAUCAGACACCGUUUCCAACAUCGAGCGUGGCAUCGGGCACAGACUGUUCGAGCGCUCUGUUCAUUGGAAGGAGGGGGACCCCAUGCCCGAUGAGAAAGAACUCAUCACCCCGGCUGAUCGGGUGAUGCUCCGACGUCGCCUCUUUGCCAUGAAACGACACCACCUGCCGGCUAUUGUCACCCACAACAUGGUCAAUGACUCGGAAGACCCCGUCCUGAAUCAAUUACGCCGGGUCCAACUUUUCAAUUCCUCCUCCGAUCGUGUCAAAGUCGUCUUUCAUCCUGAAUUCCUGAACUCAUCAAAUCCCGUCUUGUCAUUGGAUUAUGACGAUUUUGUCCGCGGCACGCACCUAGGCAUCUUUGCCUCGUACUAUGAGCCUUGGGGUUACACUCCUGCCGAAUGCACUGUGAUGGGCGUUCCGUCCAUCACUACGAAUCUGUCAGGUUUUGGGUGCUAUAUGGAGGAGCUUAUUGAGAAUUCGGCCGACUAUGGCAUCUAUAUUGUCGACAGACGUCUCAAGGGCGUCGACGACUCGGUCAACCAGCUAACCGAUUACAUGUUCGAGUUUGCGAACAAGAGUCGGAGACAGCGCAUCAAUCAGCGAAACCGGACUGAGCGGCUUAGUGACCUUCUUGAUUGGAAGCGCAUGGGUAUGGAGUAUGUGAAGGCUCGACAACUUGCCCUCCGACGCGCAUAUCCUGCAUCGUUUGAAGAUGCUGACGAGUUUGAUGAUAUCAUUGGUGGAACUGAGCAGAAGAUUUCGAGGCCGUUGUCGGUGCCUGGAUCGCCCCGAGAUCGUUCCGGCAUGAUGACUCCGGGAGAUUUUGCUUCCUUGCAAGAAGGAAAAGAAGGUCUGAGCACCGAAGACUAUAUCGCAUGGAGAUUGCCUGAAGAAGAGGAGCCGGAUGACUACCCCUUCCCCCUGACGCUCAAGCAAAAGAAGACUCCGGGUUCGGACUCUCCAGCACCUCUUGUGGGAGGCAUGAACGGAUCUUGAACUGCGACCAACUCUCCCGGAGGACACUGAGCGACGUUGGAUAAAUCAGAGGAAUGCAUACGGGAUGCACUACCUUUGUCAGGCAGACACAGUAUGGGCUGCAGAAACAGCGGGCCAGUUUACAGUCUCCCAGGACUGCUAGUGCAAUGAGGGAGGCAAUCUCGAAGGCCGAAGGAGAGAUCUUGGUGCAAAUUGGUUGUUCAAAUCUCGCUUACGGCGCUUCUCAUGUAUGAAUAAUCUGCAACAGCAUCUUGUUUGAGUUGUCAAGGAUGUAUUUCCGCGCAGACUUGAGCUGGCUGUUAUGUCAAAGACCUAAUUUAUCAGAUUCUGCGUAAAAUGUGAUCUUGUUUCUAAACCG